AUGAAGAAAGAGGGUGAUAAUGAAGACGAAUAUGCGGAGUUGAAUAAGCCGGUUUCUGAUGUGAAAGACAAAUGGAAAAUAUUACCGGUGUUUCUCAAAGUAAAAGGCUUGGUGAAGCAACACAUCGAUUCGUUUAAUUAUUUUAUUAACGCGGAGAUCAAGAAAAUAAUGCAGUCAAACGGACUACACUUGCCACUGGAAGGAUUGCCACAGAGAGAAGGAUUCCAAGCCAAGUACAAACUUGUUAAUCACAUAAGAGUUCACACAGGUGAAAAGCCAUUUGCUUGUAAACAUCCCAAUUGCGGCAAAGUAUUCGCAAGAAGAGAAAAUUUAAACCACGAACGCACUCAUACUGGAGAGAAACCAUUCGUUUGUCCAUUUGAUGGAUGUGAUAGGCGAUUUGCAAACAGCUCCGACCGCAAAAAGCACAUUCGCGUUCAUUCACCUUCUAAACCAUAUGGAUGCCGAGUUCCUGGAUGCAAAAAAAACUACACUCACUCAAGCUCUCUCCGAAAGCACAUCAAGAUACACGAAGCUGAAGGAACAGUAGUGCCUCCAAAAAGUGGCGACAGCAAUUCAGCAGUUACCUUGCCAACAUCAAGCAACGAAUUUGAAAAUAACAAUGAUUUGUAUCGACACGAAACAUCUCCAAGAUCAACUGAAAGUGGAUGAAAGUGCUCGAGAAUUCGGUUAUGCUGCUGCUCCAAUCAAGUAUGAACAGACUAUCACUCCAUCAUCGUCAUCGAAGCCAGAAAGUCAAAACAUACCAAAUCUUUAUUAUUUGUUUGCAAAGCCACCGUCCUAAUAUCAUUAGAUUACCUGAUUAAAUAGGCAUAGACUUUUCAUAUUUAACAUCUUAUUUAUUGCUGAUUUUAGUGACCAUCAAAUUUUUGCACGUUGUUUUACUGCAUUUUAUAUCUUGUACAUAAUAAAAUAAAUGACUAAUGUUUCGAGCAUAUUUAUAUUUGAUGAUGUAAAGUCAAAAUAUUUUAUUCUUGAGGCAAAAAUAUAUAGGAAUAGUUCUAGAAUAUGUUAGCUCAUUUCACUAGUGGAUUCCC